AUGUUCUCCCCGGAGAUGCUGAAGGCAGCCCAGGGCAUGAUGGCGAACAUGUCACCUGAGGACAUGCAGAGGAUGACCCAGAUGGCUUCCAGCAUGGACCCUUCCGUCAUGGAGAACAUGAUGAAGAACAUGGGAGGUGCUGCUCCAGGUAUGGACUCCAGCACGAUGAAGGAGCAGAUGAAGAGAAUAGGCGAGAUGAGCCCCGACGAGCUCAAGUCGAACAUGAGUCAGGCACAGCAGCAAAUGGGUGGCCAGAAGCAGUACAUGUACAACGCCUCCAUGACGCUGAAGAAUGACGGCAACGAUUUCAUCAAGGCGCAACAAUACGCGGACGCCUUGAAGUCGUACAGCAAGGCCCUCGAGAAUCUGAAGCCCUUUUCCGGCGAGGAUAUCUCGCAGCUCCGCCUGUCGUUGCUGCUGAAUUCGGCGAUGUGCUAUCUCAAGCAGAAGCAGCCUGAGAAGACCCUGGAGGUGUGUGAGCAGGCCCUGCAAAUCAACGGCAAGAGCGUCAAGGCGCUCUUCCGACGGGGCCUGGCGCGGGUGGACCUGGGCCAACUGGCAGAGGGCGUGGCCGACAUGAAGUUGGCCGCCAAGUUGUCCCCGGAGGAUAAGACGAUCACCACAGAGUUGGAAAGAGUGGAGAAGGAGACAUUGGGCAAAGGCGUGUCCGCGGAGGACAUCGCCGCGGCAGAGCAGAAGGCGGCGGCGGCAGAGGCCGCGCGGCCGGCCAGUUCGAGUUCAAGUGCCAGCUGGCCGCCUGCCGGCAACAUGGAGAAGGCCAUGGAGCAGCUGUCUUCAAACCCGGACAUGGUGACCCAAGCCACCGAGGCCAUGAAGCACAUGUCGCCCGAGGACAUCGAUCGGAUGAUGAAGGGCGCGCCGCUGCCCCCGGGGGUUGAUGCAGAGACCGCUCGCAAGCGCCUGGAGGCCGUGUCAAAGAACCCGGACAUGCUGAAAUCGGCGAUGGAGACCUUGCAGUCCAUGCCAGAGGAGGACCGGAAACGGAUGAUGGCGGCAGCUCAGGGCGGCGCCGGCGCCGGCGUGCCGGACAUGAGCCGCAUGGGAGACAUGUUGAAAGACCCGGAGGCGAUGAAGAGCGCCAUGGCGGCGGCUAGCUCCAUGGGCGCCGCGGGCUCAGGGCCUGAGGCGGACAUGAUGAAGAAGAUGACCGAGAACCCGGAGAUGAUGGAUGCUAUGACUAGCAUGAUGAAGAACAUCCCGCCGGAGCAGAUGCAGAAGAUGAUGGAGAUGAGCAUGAAGAUGAAGUCGGGUGGAGGCGACCCCAAGGAUGCCUCCGCGAUGCUGAACGAUCCUGAGAUGAUGAAGGCGGCGGAGGAGAUGAUGAAGAGCAUCUCGCCGGAGGCGCUUCAAGGCAUGGCGAAGUCUGCAGGCAUCGAAGUGAGCGACACGCACGCCAAGAUGAUCUCCAGAGUCAUGCCUUACAUGCUGAAGCUGAUGAAGCUCUGGGGGUACAUUAAGUCAAUGUUCCAAGCCAUGUUCAGCCCAAGAGGCCGCAUCGUGCUUGCCGUGGUCGUCCUGCUGGUCGCGGUGGGUCAGCACUACGCUUUUUCCGGCAAUACGCUUUUGCUGCCCGCCGACACGGCGCGCGCCAACUUCUCCCAUGUGCUGGUUUACACCAAGUCUGAUCUGACAGAGCAAACCACGCCCUCCUCAUUGGCCUUCAUUGACACAGCGGAGAAGGCUUCGAACGUGAGCUUUGAGGAUGACGACCUGGACUUGGGCCAGAUUGGCGGGAACUUGUCCUGGACACCCGCAGAGGAUGUGGGCCCUGUGACGCACUACUGGGUGUAUUUGUCGGACGCCUUUGGCGAGAACCGCUCCUACUUGGGCAGCACCGUUGUGGGUGUGAACCAGAUUCCCAUUCCGCCGGACACCGACGUGGACUUCCCAGCCUACUUGCUUGUCUAUGCGAGAUCUAAGCUCCAAGAGCAGACCACGCCUGCGGCGCUGCAAGUGGUGGACCGCUCCGCCAGUGUGUCGGAGGUGAGCUUUGUUGAUCAUGACCUGGACCUGAACGAGCUGGGUGGCAACGUUUCCUGGCUGGCGCCUGCUGACAUGGAUAGACUUCAGGGCUACGAGCUGUACCUCAGCGGCUCUCAGCUUCGAUCUUUCGCCUCGGCGGAGCCUGGAGCCAGCGACGCGACGCUGGCGCCUGAAACGCCGCUGGGCGACUUCACAGAGCUUCUGGUGUACACCAAGUCUACCCUUGCCGAGCAGACGACACCAGUGGCCGCCGAGCUGUCGGAUACCUUGUUCUUCGUGGCUCAGGAGGAAUUUACAGAUCUGGACCUGGAUCUCACGGAUGUGGGCGGAGCUCUCACUUGGUUGGAAGCCAAAGAUGAUACCCAGGUGAUACACUACAACCUCUACUUGGGCGUCGAUUGCGUGGAGAACUCGACGCUCUCCUCCGAUGUCGUGGCCGUGCUGACGGGCAGCGUGGAGCUGAGCCUCGCGGGCGCCACGGCGCAGCAGGUGGCCGCCGCCCUGCAGCAGGCCCUGGCAGAGCUGCUGCAGGUGGACCCAUCCUCUGUCUACGUCACUGUCCAGGUGGCAGGCGCUGGGCGGCGUCUUGCCACCAACUGGCGGGCAGACUACGUGGUGGUGAUGGCCUCCAAUCAGGCCACGCUUGCAACAAACGCAGCAGCGCAGAUCAGUGCGGACACCACCAACUUCAGGAUCACAUUGGCUGACCAGCUGCUGGCUGCCGGGGUGGACAGCAACCUUAUCGCCUCAACUCUGGCGAUUUCCAGCUUCGCGUCGUCCUUGCAGCUGGUGGCAGCUGAGCAGUUGCCCCAGCUCUUGCCCAGCACCACCUUCACCACCACGAGCACCACGAACGUCACGGAGGAUGACUCUGACGAAGAUGCCGACUUGUCCGAUGAGAACUCCACUUCCACAACAUCCGACAUGGUGGUGCGGCGAUUGUCGAGUACAAACACCAGCGAGGCUGAGUACAUCAUCAACAUCCUCAACGGAACCAGAACCAAGUUUAUUACCUGUGGCUACAGGCAGUACCUGGGCCAAGUGCCGGUGAGGACCUUGGCCUUUGACGUCCCCGCCGAGACACAGCUGGGCAAUGCCACCCACUUGCUGAUCUACGCGUCCUCUGCUGUUGCAGAGUCCAGCGUUGCCUCUGGCUUCGUGUUCGUGGAGGAUGCCCUGGCCAGCGCCACGAAUCUGUCCUUCAUCGACGAGGACUUGGAUAGAUAUGAGCUGGGUGGCGACAUCAGCUGGGAGCUUGUUCCUGACAUCAGAGAUGGCGGUCUGGGAGUUGGGCGAGUCCAGUUCUUCUCCGUGUACCUGAAGGGCCUCACCCGCUCUCUUCUAGGGAGCUUGGUGAACACCUCCUUUGAGCUCCCGCAGGAUACCGCCCUACAAGGCUUCGAGUGGCUGACCGUCCACACCGUGUCCUCUUUGGCCGAGCAGAGCACCCCAACGGAGCUGCUGAUCAGUGACGUGGACGCGUCUGUGUCAGCCUUGGAUUUUCCCGACUUUGAUCUGGACUUCCAAGAGCUCGGCGGAGUACUCUCCUGGGUGGAGCCGGAGGUUGCAGAGGUGAUCUCUUACGCCAUCUAUUGGGCUUAUGGUGUGGUGAACAUGUCCGACACCUUUGUGUGCAGCUUCGCAAACUCCAGCUUGGCCGAGGACUCGAGCGAUGCCAUAGCCAUCCCAAUGCCGAUGCUGCCCUGCCGCGGGGAGCUUUUUGCAGAGGUGGGUGUGGGCAACACCAACGUCACCGUACCGCUGGAGACUGCGCGGAAGAACUACACCCAUUUUUUCGUGUACACUCGGUCAAGCUUCGCGGAGCAGAGCUACCCUGCAGUGCUGAGCAUCUACGACAUGAAUGCCAGCGUCUCUGGGCUUGAGUUCGAUGGCAAAGACUUGGACCUCUACGAGCUUGGCGGCGUCCUCUUCUGGACACCCCCCGACGACGUGUCCCGUGUAGAACUUUAUGCGGCCUACUUGGCGGAGAGCAGCCUGGGCUUGAACCGCUCGCAGAUCGGGGAAGCUCCCGUGCGCACGGACCAGCUGGCAAUUUCGCCGGAGACCCCGCGCCUCUCCUUCACCCACUUCGUUGUGUACACCAAGUCUGCCCUAGUGGAGCAGACCACGCCCACGAGCCUGUCGAUCCAGGACGCCGCAGCUUCCAGCUCCAACGUGAGCUUCCUGGACUUGGAUCUCGAUGAGUCCCAGGUGGCCGGCAACCUCACCUGGUUUGAGCCGGAGGACAUCUCGGAUAUCUCCGAGUACACCAUCUACAUGGCCACGGAUCGUCUAGGUUCCAACAGAACAUAUCUCGGCAACGUCAGCGCUGGCAGCAGCACCUUCUUCGUCGAAGACAACACCCCGCUGCUGUCUUUCACACACUUCCUGGUCUACUCCAGGUCCUCUCUAGUGGAGCAGACCACGCCCUCAGCUGUGCUCAUCGUGGACGUAAAGGCGGCAGUCGAGGCCCUCGGCUUCCAGGACUUGGACCUGGACGCUGGCGAAGUUGGGGGCGAAGUGUCCUGGGGCCCUCCGCAGUCGGGCCUGGAACAAGUCAGCGGCUACGGCGUGUACCUCGCCGCGGACACGGAGGGCACCGGGCGCAGCAAGGUCUCCAUUGAGGCGGUUGGCACUCAUGAAACCACGGUGCCAGACAGCACGGCGGUGGGGAGCUUUACGCAUGUGCUGGUCUACUCGCGCUCGGAGGUCUUGCAGCAAAGCACGCCCUCCUCCACGCUGAUCUCAGAUGUGUCUGCACAGGUCUCAGCGGUGGAAUUCUUGGACCUGGACCUGGACGCCACCGAGUUGGGCGGCACCUUGCUAUGGAGCCCACCGGACACCACAUACAUCGCCAGCUAUUCGGCCUACCUCUCCUCUUUCUGUAACGGCACCAACGAAACCGAGGACCUUGUUUACGUGGCCGGCACUUUUAGCCUCUCUAUGGACGCCACUCCGGCGCAGGUGGAGGCCGCCGCGCGAGUGGCGCUCAGCGCGGUUUUGGGGGUGGAGGCGGACCUCCUCAGCGUGACCAUCAACCUGGCCCGCCGACUCAGCGCCGGUGCAGCCGGAACGGAUUUCAUCGUGAGAUAUGUCGGGCUCCCAAAUCACGGAUCCCAGGCGCUGCCUAUGGCGGAGAGCGUGCUGCCUCUGGCCGCGGAGGAGAAAGACGUGGUCGCUGCCGGCUUUGCCGAGCUCCUCUCAAAGGAGCUCUGUGGCGAUUGCCUGUUACAUCUGCGAGCACUGGAAGGUCUCCAUGUCGAGCCCCAGAUCAUCAUGGACACUCAGGAAGACAGCAACCAGGCCAUGCGCAAGUGGCUGCUGGGUGAGGCAGCCACACCGCGACGCCUGUCAGGUGCGAAUCCGAGCGAGGACAGCGACGCUGAGGGCAAUGACACCAGCAUGGGCUGGGAUCUCACGAACUAUACAGGCUCCGCGGAGAUCUCGGGCUCCCUGCGCUUCAGCCUCGAGGGCGCCGAGAAGUCCCAGGUGGAGGCGGCGGUCAGCAGCGCCCUCAGCGCCGCUUUAAACGUCGCGCCCGCCGCGGUGACCAGCGCAUCGGCUUUCCUGGGCCGGCGCUUGGCGUCCACCUGGACGGUGAGCUAUCAGAUAAUUGUGGCCUUGGACGAGGCCCAGGCUGUGAUGUCCGCCGCCUUUGCCAUUAGCAACACACCAGCUGGCUUUGCAUCUACCCUGGCGGAUGCGCUGGUGGCACAAGGCGUGCCCAGCGCCUCGGUUUCCGCCAGCUUCUCGCUGGACUUCUUUGCAGAGCCCACGCUGCGGCGCCUCGGAGAG